AUUCUGCACUGUUGAUACGCCGCCGCCGCCGCCACCGCCACCGUCGGUCGCUCUGAUGCAAACCCUCAGCUCAAUUCUACGUCUCUUCCCAAGCCGUAACGCCGCCGCCUCUCCUUCCCAAAUGCAUCGCCUCUCAUCUCCGUCGGGAACUCUCCUCUCUUUCAUGGCAUCUGAUCCGCCUCGCUGGUGGCCACCAGCGCUUGCGCGACGACUUUUCCCUCUAUUGGCGGCUCCCGAUCCACCUGUCCGUCGUGUUUCCGGAUCCCCUCAUGGAUCUCGCAACGUGGCUACCGUCAGUCGAGUACAAGGUGACGAGUCCGGUAAACCAUACAGGCCACUGCCCAUCCCUUCUGGUAAGGUUAUUACUAUUUCCCAGGACAGCGAGCAUUACGCAAUCUCCCAAGGCUUGAAAAACAUUAAGACGGACAAUUCAAAAAAAAUGAAGAACACUUUGACGAGGGGCACAAUCUCGGAGGUUAUGGAUGAAGAUGAGAGGAGAAGUGACAGUGAUGCUUGUAGGGCAACCUUGGAGGUUAUUGCAGGCAAAGCGGAUACAUUGGGCCAAAAUGUGAACCUCACUGGUUGUGAGGAAGGUGGAAGGAGCGCAACUAAUGGUCAGAUGUCUGAAUUUCUUUUUAGUGAAGAAGAAGGAUAUACUGUGAAUAAUAUACUUGCAGAAAGCAGACACCGUGAUGGUUCUAUAUACAAAGAUAUGGAUUUAUGGUGGAAAGACGACUAUCGUAUUGCAGAUCGUAAUGAGACUCGGUUGGAGGCAAUGACGUUCUCAGAUCCCACAGAUUGCAUCAUUCAUGAUGGAACUUGCAUGAAACAUUACCCGCGUUGCAUGCUGCAAAUUUUCUCAUUGGAGGUUGCUAAAAUUCAUGUGGAUGGUGGUUUAGUAGAGUUGUAUGGAUACAUUGCAGUGCGGGAUGAUCUUGAUCCAUUGCUUAAUUAUGUUGCCAAUAUUAGCAGGGAUGAUCCCAUCAUCGUGGAGCAGGGUUCUCUUAUCAACAUGUCUGGCCCUAAGCGAGGGAUAGAGAUGUCGGACUUUAUUCUAAUUGAAUAUGACAUGAGGAUCAAGACAGGCAAACACGAAAAAGAUGACCUACAGCUGAUCGAUGGUGCUUCACUCAUUGGGGAUGGUGGCAUCUGGAUUCAGCCAUUCACAUUUCACAUCCCUGGUGACUGGGGCGCAGUCGACAUAACUUUAUCACGUCUUGGCAGAGCAGUUGAGGAGACUGUAGAAGUUAUCAUAUCGGAAGUGCAAAGCAAUUUCAGUUUGUCUCUUGGAUGUUUAACCAGUGGGCUUGAUGUGGAAAUCCGGCUGUUUGAUGGCACCAUCACUGAUUCUGGUGGCAUAAAGAUGUCUGUUAUUACUGUAGUGAAGGAUUCUUUGAUAGAUCUGAAAUUCAAGUUAGGCGCACAGCCAUCCUGUUCCGACCAAUAUUGUUGCUCCUUCAGGGCAAAAACACAUGGGCAUGAUACUCAUGGUAUAAAGACUGAUUUUGCGUUAAUAUCAAUGAAGGUGACUUGGUCGACCUUGCCUUGUGGCUUUUCGGGGUAAGGUGUAUCCAGCUAUACUUGUGUGUCUGAUUAGCGGGCA